CCCUGGAUACUGCGGUGGCACUGUUCAGUCAAGGCCAAGGCUUGGCACUCUCAAGGUGGCGCUGUUCCUCUAGGGGCUGACCCAGUGCCUCUCAUGCGCGGAGUGACGGAAGCAGCGCGCGCCAUUCCGCUCUUUCAUUAUUCCCGGUGCAGGAAUGUUAUGAUAAAAGCCUUUAGGAUUAGUACUUAGAUAUGUUAUUGCGAGUGAGAGACCGGGCGGGAGUGCCUGGCUUGGUCUGCCUUGUGGCGUGCGUGCUGGCGGACGUCACCCACGCCCUCAGACAUGGACACGAACCCGGCGGCAGAGCGGGCCACCGACUCCAACAACUCUUCCCGGAGGAGGAGGCCGUCUUGGCGGACUUCGCGGGUGAUGUCAGCGGCUCGACCAGACGCCGAUGCCGCCGCGACAUCGUGGAGAAGAUCCGGGAAGCCUCGAACACUCGCCUCCUCUCCUCAGGCAGCCUGGGCUCCUCCUUCUCCCAAGGGUACAUCGACCUGGGCUCCCGGGACCUCGUGGAGGAGGGCGCCGCCACGCUCGCCUUCGUCUUCGACACCACGGGCUCCAUGUCCGACGACCUCAUGCAGGUGAUCAACGGCGCCAGCAGGAUCCUCAAGACGGUCCUUGAGAAGUUCGAGCGACCCAUCCACAACUACGUCCUCGUGCCCUUCCACGACCCCAACGUGGGCCCCAUGACAGUCACGACGAACCCCGAGGAAUUCCUGCUGUCGCUGCAGGACCUCACGCCCACCAUCAGCGGAGGCGGCGACUGUCCUGAGAUGGCGGUGAGGGCGAUCAAGAUGGCCCUGGAGACGAGUGUGCCUUCGUCCUACAUCUACGUGUUCACCGACGCCAGGGCCAAGGACUACCAUCUGCUCGACGACGUCCUCAAGCUCAUCCAGAAGAAACAGUCGCAGGUAGUGUUUGUGAUGACAGGUGAUUGUGGGAAUCACACUCACGCUGGUUAUAAGGCAUUCCAGUCUAUCGCCUCCACGUCGUCUGGACAAAUCUUCCACCUGGAUAAAAGUAACGUGAACAAAGUGCUGACCUUCGUGGAGCUGUCCCUCGAAUCUCGCAAGGUCAAUCUGCUGUCUCUUGAUCGCGAGACUCUUGGCCCUGGAGAGGAGAACCUGCCGCUGCUCGUGGACCAGACGCUCAAGCAGUUCACCAUCUCCGUCGCGGGGAAGAAACCCAAGAUUGAGAUCUACGGUCCCCGCGGAGAGGACGUGACGCGGAAGGAGGGCGUCGAGGAGCUGCUCACCCUCGAGAACGUCAAGGUCCUCGGCGUCAAGGAGCCUGAGCCUGGUCGCUACAACAUCUCCGUCGGCAGCGAGAGCGAGUACACGGUGAGGGCGACGGGUCUGUCCUCGCUCAACUUCGAACACGGUUUCUCCCUCAAGCCGACCACCAACUUCAAGGAGACUUAUCACAGGCCGGUCAAAGGCGGUAUCUCAUACGUCGUCGUCCGGCCUCAUGACGUCACGGAGUUCGGCGACAUCUACCGGCUGCAAUUGGUGUCUCUGGACGGCGAGGUGCUGGAGGACAUGCCCCUCACGCGCCUGCCGGGGUCUGGGCCGGUCUUCAACGGCACGGCCUUCCCCGCGCCAGACGUCCCCUUCAACAUCAAGAUCUUCGGGAGAGACCAAGAUGGCUACCAGUUCGAGAGGAUUUCCCCAACAGCCACCACUGCUCAGCUCCCAUUUCCGCCGGAAGUGACGUCAGCCUCGAGGGUAUAUGGGUACUUCGGCCGCCCAGCUGUCAUCAUCUGCCACGUGCACACUCUCGUGCCCUUCCGGCUGUCGUGGCAGAGGGACGGGAUCGACUUGGGCCCGUCCGUCACGCAUCCACAAUCUGCGGAGGUGGAGUAUGUGGUGGAGUCGCCUCAGCGAGAUGACGAGGGGCGCUACACCUGCAUCGCCACCAACAGCGCCGGCAGCACUUCGUCCACUGUCUUCCUGGAUAUGAAAGAACCACCCCCACAGAUCACAGCCGCCGAGGAGGUGUCUCUGCCGCCCUCCCGCCCCGCCGUGCUCACCUGCGACGUGUAUUCCACCGUGGAGCAUAAUGUCACGUGGUCCCGUUACAUCAUCAAGGGACAGGUUCAGGACUACUUCGGCAAGACAGAGACCAUUGGAGAAUUUGUGAACGUGAAGCACGUGAGAGGUUAUCGCAUGCUGUCCAACACGUCACUGCUGCUGGAGAACGUCACGUCCAACGACGAAGGGUGGUUUAGGUGCACAGCUGCCAAUGAAGGAGGCCGCUCGUCUCGCGAAGUGCACGUGUCGGUCCAGUCUCCGCCGCAAGUGACGGUGGUGCCGGAAGUGGCCCCCUUCAGCGCCGGAGACAACGUGACGGUGUCGUGCGUGGCGAGGGGAUUCCCCGAGCCGCAGGUGUCGUGGCGGAGGUACGACGUGCAAAUCGGCAGGUCGUACACCCGCGUGAGGGAGGACGAGGGGCAUGAGCUGCACGUGGCGAAUGCGGUGCAUGACGAUGAAGGGCCGUACGUGUGCAUGGCCUCCAGCUCGGCGGGAUCCGCCGAAGCCACGGUGACCCUGGCCUUCAUGGAGGAGCCGAAGGUGAUGCCGGUGCAGGACCAGGUUCUGGCAGCCAGCGGGGACACGGCUUGGCUACAGUGUUACGCCGAGGGUACACCGUCGCCUUCCAUCACCUGGCUGAAAGAGGGGAAAGUCGAGGUGGCGCCCAUGUCCUUCAUUGAGGUGGAGGACGGGAACCUCAAGAUCCACGGUGUGCAGAGGAGCGACGCUGGCACCUACACCUGCGUGGCAUCGAACGUGGCUGGCACUUCGCAGGCGAACGUGGUGCUGGAAGUUGGGUCGCCGCCCUCGGUCGUCCAGGCGCCUGCAGACACCGUCGUGGAAAUCGGCAGCACGGGCGGCCUCUCGUGCUAUGGCGUGGGCGUGCCAGAACCCAGCAUCACCUGGAGGCGAGAGGACGGCGCCCCCCUUCCUCCCCACAUCACCCACGACCGCGACGGGAACCUCAGAGUGCAAGGCAUGAAAGUGGAGGACGAAGGCACGUACCUCUGCACGCUGGAGAACCUGUACGAUUCCGUCACUCUGCGGGCCACGAUCUCGGUGUCUGGCCUCUUGGCCCCUCUGAUCGCCGCGCCCCCGGACCCCAACCUGAAGGCCACCCUGGACGCCCCUGUCACGCUGCCAUGCACUGUCAUCAUGGCCAAUCCGCCGCCCGACCUCGUGUGGCUUCAUGACGGCGUGCCUGUCAGGUCGAGCAAAGGAAUGGUCAUCAAGAGCGACGGGACUUUAAGCAUCUUCUCCGUGUCAGUGAAGCACGAGGGAGAGUACCAGUGCGUGGCAACCAACGUGGCCGGGAAUUCGUCGCAGACUCUCAACCUCAAAAUACUGGUUCCGCCUCGAGCCAAGUCCAAGCGCGUGGAGGACAACGUGGAGGCGCUAGAGGGCGACGUGGUCAAGCUCAAGUGCCCGGUCAAGGCUGACCCUCGACCCACCUUCUUCUGGCACAAGAACGGGCAGCCGAUUUCGCGGACGUCGCCGAGAAUGCGUGUCCUGCAAGACGGCAUCCUCGUGAUCCGGCAGCUGCUGGCCGACGACGCGGGGACCUACGUGUGCACGGCCGUCAACGCCGCGGGGGCCACAAAGAUCGCCGUCGUUCUGGACGUCCAUGUCCCGCCCACCAUCGCGGAGGGACCCGCCUCGUACACAGUGGGCGAGGGGGAAGUGGUUGAGAUCGAGUGCGUGGCUUCGGGGGCGCCUCUCCCCUCCAUCACGUGGGUGCGGCAGGACCAGACUCUCCUGCUGGACCAGACGAUGCCCGAUGGUACGCUGAGGAUGGUAGCAACAAUGGAGAGCGAAGGACAGUACGAAUGCAUGGUGACCAACGUUGCAGGCUCAGCACACAAGACCGUCGUUGUCCUCAUUAGUAAGGCCCCCGAGAUCUCCCCGCCCGGCGACGAGACCCUGGCGGUGUCAGCAGGUCAAGAUCUCAAACUGCCAUGCGAGGUCAAAGGUCAUCCAGAACCCGAAGUGUCUUGGAGGCGAAAUGGGCUCGCGCUGGCUGCCGAUGAGAGGCUGGUGCCUUCUCCCGGUUACCUGCUAAUGAGUGCCGUCACACCUGAUCUCGCGGGAAACUACACCUGCAGUGCCAUCAACCAGGCCGGAAAUGCCCAUAAAACAUUCGCCAUAACAGUUAAUUAUCCCCCGCAAGUGGAGACGGUGGAGGAGACGUGGCCCGAGAGGAGCGUGGUGGAAGGAGGCCGCUUGUCUCUGCCGUGUCCUGCGUUGGCCAACCCUACUCCGACGCGCGACUGGACCAAGGACGGCGUUCGACUCCUGCCCGAAGAAGGACUGGAGAUCCUGGAGAGCGGGACCGUGGAAGUCUCUCGAGCAGAACCCAAGCACUCAGGCAGCUACAGAUGCACGCUCACCAACUUUCUCGGUCAAGCACACAUUGAUUACGACGUGAAGGUCCUCAUCCCGCCCAGAGUGACCCAGCGGCACCGUCCAAGCGCCCCCAUUGUCGUGGAAGGCGAGGACGUCGUUAUCAACUGCCCGGUAGACGCUGUGCCCAUCCCGACCAUCACGUGGCUCAAGGACGGCGUGUCCAUCUUCUCGACGAAGGACCGCGCCGACAUGACCCACAUCGUCGUCGAGAACAAUGGCCAGACGCUCUACAUCCUCGAGGCAACUGUGGACGACAAGGGCGUGUACCGCUGCGUGGCCAAGAACGACGCGGGCGUGACGGAGCUGCUGUUCCCGCUGGAGGUCCUCGUGGCGCCGCAGUUCACAGAGUUCUUCCAUAACCCCGACGUGACCUUGCAUGCCGGGGAAGAGCUUGACCUCGACUGUGAAGUCAGCGGUGACCCUGAGCCGCAGGUAUCGUGGAAACGUGACGGGGAGCCUCUGUACGCCCACGUGUCGCCUGGAGGUCGCCGAGUGCACGUACAGCACGCCAAAGUCGGGCAUGCAGGACACUAUACUUGCACGGCCGUCAACACCGCUGGCACCACGCACAGGAACUUCAGCGUCACCGUCCUCAAACCACCCACGAUGGAGGACGGAGGCGCGGACGACCUGACGGGCGUGGAAACAGUGGAGGGAAGGGACGCCAAGCUGUGGUGUCGGGCGGACGGAUCACCCGCGCCCGAGAUCGUCUGGACGAAGGACCGGCAGCUCAUUACUCCUCUGCAGGGAGGGAAAUACUCCACGCAGGAAGAAGGACAGAUGCUCACCAUACACGAGGUUUCGCCAGAGUCCUCGGGUUUGUACGAAUGCACCGCCACCAACUUCGUCGGCACCGCUACCCGCAUCUUCAACGUCUCCGUCAUGACGCCGCCCACGAUCCGCGACGCGGGCGGAAGCGACGUGGUAACCGACGUGCAGGUGGUGUCGGGUCGGGAGGCCAUCCUGUACUGCGGCGUCGAGGGGUCCCCGCCGCCCUCCAUCACCUGGCUUAGGGAUGGGCGGACCCUCAAACCAGGGCCCCGAGUCCACUUCACGGGCCCCUACGAACUCCUCCUGACGAGCGUGCAGGCGGGGGACGCGGGGGACUACGCCUGCCUGGCCACCAACCGCGCUGGGACGGCGGAGAAGCAGUUCGACAUCAGGGUCAUCGUUCCGGCCACGAUAGCGGACGACGAGGAUGGCUCUCCGCCGAUGCAGGAGGUCCUGGUCGACAUGCCCUUCUCCCUCUUCUGUCCUGUAGAAGGCACGCCGCAGCCACGCAUCACUUGGACGAAGAACUCCGCCCCGCUGGACGGUCUGCUCGGCUUCCAUGGGCUGGGCGGGCGGGUGGCGCUCGGGGACGGCGGGCGGCGCCUCUUGGUGUCCGAAGCCGUCAUGCAGGACAGCGGGACGUACAUGUGCGUGGCCGAGAAUGAGGGCGGACGCGACACGGCCACCUACCAGGUCAAUGUGUUAGCACCGCCAGUAAUUAUACAAGACAAAGACACGUUCCGGUCCGCUGUGGAGGGCGACGACGUGGUCCUCGACUGCGAAGUGGACGGCGACCCUCCGCCCGCCAUCGUGUGGCUGCAGGACGGCGUGUCACUGCAGGAACUGUACAUGCCGGCCAUCACUGUGCACGAUGUUGGGCGUGGGAAGUCUGAGCUGAGAAUCAAGGGCGUGAGCGAAAUCCACGCCGGUUCGUACACCUGUAUAGCGAGCAGCGUGGCGGGGUCGGACGAACAGACGUACGUGUUGAGGGUAGUGACCCCCCCUCGCCUGGAGGACCCCAACGCCCCCACGUACGUCAGCGUCCGUGCAAGUCGGCCGGCGUCCCUCUCAUGUCUCAUCCACGCGUCGCCAGAUCCGCAGAUCUUCUGGUUCAAGAAUAACAUGCCGCUGGACGAGGACGACCCCAACCUUCACUUGAGCGCAGGAGGACGAGAUCUGAAACUCCUUCAGGUGACGGAGGGCGACGCCGCGAACUACUCGUGUUUGGCUACGAACGAGGCGGGUUCCCUCUCUGUCAACUUCACGCUCGAAGUCCACGUUCCGCCACGCUUCACGGAGUCUGUGGUGGGAGACGUGAACGCCGUGGCUGGGGAGGAUGUCGAGCUCUUCUGCCCCGUCCACGCCACGCCCGCGCCUUCCGUGCUGUGGAUGAGGGACUCGGGCAUCAUCCAGCAUUCAUUUACUGCCACGGACCCUCGGCGCCUGACCCUUCAGAACGUGACCAAGGAGGACGACGGGCGAUACACCUGCCUGGCGACCAACGAAGCCGGGACCAUCGAGCAGGACUUCACUCUGAGCGUCAUGGUGGCUCCUAAAUUGCUGGAUCUGGACCAACCCGUCGUGGAGAAAUCCGUGGUCCUCAAUCGUCCCGUGACCAUUACGUGUUUCAUCGUCGCCGACCCCCCGCCCACCAUCACGUGGCUCAAGGACGGCCACGCUCUAUCAGCCCUGCAUUCGGGCGUGAGCGUAGACAACCACGGGCGGCAGGUGAGCAUAACGAGGGCGCGUGGAGCCGAUGCCGGGAACUACACCUGCCUCGCCACCAACGCCGCCGGGACGACCACCCUGACCACGCUCCUCACCGUCCUCACACCUCCCACGUGGGCCACGGGUUCGGAACUGGAGGAGAAGGUGAUCGGCGUUGCGGGUGAGAGCCUCGACCUCUUCUGUGACGUCACUGGCACGCCCACGCCCACCAUCCUGUGGCUCAAGGACGGUCAGAUCAUCACGCCCUUAUUGGGUAGCAGGAACUUCACAGCGUCGGAUAGGUUACUGCACUUUAAUUCCCUGGCCCAAGACGACUCCGGGCUGUACAGCUGCAUCACGAGCAACGCAGCAGGAACAGCAGAGUACGUGUUCGAUGUGGAUGUGCUUGCGCCGCCGUCACUCUCCUACCAGCCGAAGACACAGCAUACGGUGCUCGUGAACCGCGCCCUUAGCCUGGACUGCCCCGUGGAAGGCAACCCCGAACCGGAGAUUAAAUGGUUCAUGGACGACCAGCCUGUUAACGCCAAGGGGCAGUUCGUGAGGCUCACCAGUCAGGCUAGACAGCUGCACUUGCUCAGAGUACUAAGCUCCAGUGAAGGCAGAGUGACAUGUCUCGCCACGAACGCAGUAGGAUCCCUCGUCACUAAUUACACCCUAGACGUGCUUAGUCCGCCCGUGAUCACGCCCACGCCGGCCACGAAGAAGGUGCGAGCUCGAGAGGGCGAUUCUGUGACUCUCACCUGUAGGACCCGAGGCCACCCACGCCCCCAGGUUGCGUGGGUUGGCGACCAAGGAAAAGUCCUGACGGAGGAAGAGAUGGCAAGGAGUGGCUUUGACCUGCAGGAGGAAGGAGAGUCCCUCGUGAUCAAGAAGGUGGACGGGGCUCACGAAGGGCGUUACACCUGCAUCGCCUCCAACACGGCUGGGUCUGCCGAGGAGACCUUCAACCUGCAGGUCUUGUUGCCCCCUGUGAUUCAGGUUCCAGAGCAAGGGGCAGUGUUAGGCGUAGUGCAAGGUUCCUCUGUCACACUCACCUGUAUCGUGGACGCCAGACCCCCUGCCACGCUGUCAUGGCAAAAGAACGGACAAACUCUAGACAGCAGCCGAGAUCCCUUCCUACACGUAACUGCAGGAGGUGACUCUCUAAGUUUCCUGAGGGUGCAGCCACAGCACGCUGCUAACUACACCUGCGUCGCCUCCAGUGCUGCGGGACAGGAUUCUCUUACUUAUGAUCUCAAUGUGAAUGUCCCCCCCGUGAUCAUUGAGGACAUGGUAGAGAACGUACUUGGAGGAGGCGUGGGCGGAGACACCAUGGGCAUCGUGGGCGGCGAGGUGGACCUGGAAUGCUACACCAUAGGCACGCCCACGCCCACUCUCACCUGGGAGAAGGAUGAUGAAGGAGUCGAGCCGAGUGACCGCAUAACGCUACUCGAGAACGGCCAGGUGCUGAGGCUUAAGUCAGCGAUUACUGAGGACUCGGGGCGCUACACCUGCACGGCCACGUCUCCUUCAGGAUCAGCGUCGAGGGACUUCGUUGUCGUUAUUCAUAGUCCCCCCCGGAUCAUCCCCCCGCGGGAGACGAACCUCGAGGUGGUUCUGCACCAGCCUGUCGCCCUAACGUGUGAGGCGGAGAGUUCGCUUACUCCCGCCGUGUCGUGGUCUCGUCACGGUCGACCAAUCACGCCCUACGUGGAUCCGAAUCUCCAGGUGAGGACCGGGGGCCGGGAACUACACCUGCGUCGGGUACGUGAAGGUGACGGGGGCGCCUUCACCUGCAUCGUGAUGAACAGUGCGGGACAGGAUACCCUCACCUACACUCUCACUGUACAGGUCCCGCCCGUGAUCCAGCGCGCCAACGUGAGGCGACAGGUGGUGGGCGUGGCGGGCCAGUCGACGGACCUGCUGUGCGAGGCGUCCGGCAACCCCCCGCCCACGCUGGCCUGGACGCGAGGCAACACACUCGUCACCCCGGAGCACCCUCAUUACCAGGUCAUGAACGGGGGCGCCAAGCUUCAGGUCCGCGAACUGACACGGGAGGACACGGGCGUAAUCACGUGUACAGCUACGAAUCCGGCUGGGAAGGAUACUCUCAGUUACACGCUACAGGUUUAUGUUCCCCCAAGUGUCGACGAGGACGCAGCCAAGGAGAUGACAGUGAAGGAGGGAAACAGCGUGGUAUUGGAGUGUCCUGUCACAGCCUUCCCUGCCCCUUCGAUCCUGUGGUCCGUGGGCGGCACCGUCGUAGGCCACGGUGGGCGGCGGAACGUGGACCUGGGCUCGGAUGGGCGUUCCCUGAGGAUCGUGCGGGCGGGGAGCGAAAACGCGGGCGUCUACACCUGCACUGCGUCCAACACUGCGGGCGUGCUUGACGUCGAGGUCGCUCUUCGGGUCUUGGUUCCCCCUCAGAUCGCCAGAGGAAAUGGGCGUGGCCAGGUGGCGGAGGGCGAGGAGGAGCUGGUGACCGUGAUGGAGGGAGGUCACGUGGCUCUCCAGUGCAUCCUGCUGAAGGGGACGCCGACGCCGACGAGACAGUGGUUCGUGGGGCCAGAGCUCGCCGAGCCGGUUCAUACUGUGGUCGGCAACGGAGAACAGCUGGUGAUCACACGAGCAGAGGAAGAUGACUCGGGCCAGUACAGGUGUAUAGCGGAGAAUCCAGCUGGUUCGGCCACCAAGUUGUACCAGCUGGUUGUUCAGUCGGCUCCGAGAAUCAACGUGACUGCCCUGCCACCUUACAUCACAGUGCUCUCUCCUGGUGAUACAGGAUCGGGUAUAUUACCUGCUGACGGCCGGCCACGCCACAGCCACGUCAGCGCAUCAGCCACUUCGUCGGAGGAUCAGACACUCAUCCUCACCUGUCCAGUUACAGGAUAUCCUCCUCCUCGACGCCUCUGGUACCAGGGGUCGCAGGCUCUCGUGUCCUCCUCAAGAGUCCUCGUAGGAACUGGUGGGCGUGACCUGACCCUGGUGGGCGUAGGACCCAGGGACGCCGGAACGUACGUGUGUGUGGCUGUGAAUCCUGCAGGAGAGGCUCAGCUGAGUACUGCUGUCGUGGUCGUUGCUCGUCCGGAACUCGAAGGCGAGGCCGAAGUCGAAGUCGCGGUCGUGGAGGGUCAGGACGUCAGUUUCGAAUGCAAGGUGAAGACGAACGGGCGCAGUUCGGCCGCCCACGCCACGUACAACAUCACGUGGAUGAAGGACGGGCAGGAGCUUCCCCGCAACGAGGUCCCGCAGACGAGGUCCUUCGAGCGCCUGCUGAUGGGUCGGCGGCCGCUUCCUGUCUCGGAUUACUACUACGAGGGCGAGGAAGACUUCAGCUACGCCGAGGACGUGUCCCUCCUGCUGCAGGACUACCUUGAAGGAGUGAGCGCGGAGACCACGUCGCCCACGGCCACAACCCCCGAGCCCACGGACGCCAGCGGGGAGGCGCCUCUGGACGGGUGGCGGGACUGGCGCGGCGGCAGGAACGGGACGGCGCGCUACCACACCCUCGGCGGCGGAACCAGACUCAGGGUGAGCCGCGUGACGGAGCGCGACGAAGGGGCCUACGCCUGCGUGGUGACCAACCUCGCCGGCGCCACCACCAGGACCUUCCAGCUCGACACGCUAGUGCCCCCGGACAUCGACACCAUCCAGGAGGUGAAUGACCACGUGGCAGCCGUCGGGGAACCUGUCGUGUUCGAGUGCGACGCCCGUGGAGAUCCGCCCCCUGAGGUGACGUGGUAUCGAGGGUCGGCUCCGCUGGAACACCACUCUCGCCUGCAACUGCUGGAGGAAAACCAUGUCCUUAUCAUUACGUCUAUUCAGGAAGGAGACGGCGGAGAGUACACGUGCCUGGCCACCAACCUCGCCGGCCUGACUGAGGAGACUUUCCGACUGAACGUGUUAGUGCCUCCGAGAAUAGCCGGGGGUGAGGAGCAGGCCGUGCCAGUGGUGAGCGGCAGGUCUGUGGAGCUCGAGUGUGAGGCUCAAGGACAACCUGAACCCGACCUCAUCUGGACCUUCGAGGGAGAACCUGUUACGGAAAGCGAGAACCUGGUCCUUGAUGAUAACACUUUGAUCAUUGAUAGAGUGAAGCUGGCGCAAGCGGGAGUCUACGAAUGCGCGGCCACCAACUCCGUCGGCCAGGAUGCCAGGCGCUUCGUCGUCAGCGUCACAGAGGCUCCCUUCAUCGCGGGCGGGGUGGACGAGGAGACGGUCACUGUGGUGGAGGGUGAGUCAGCAGCCCUUCACUGCGUCGCCUCAGGUCACCCGGAGCCGCUCGUGACCUGGAUGAAGGAGGGCGUCGGCAUGCGACUGGACGAGCGCGUGACCGUGUCGUGGGGCGGGCGGUCUCUCCUGCUGCAGUACGUGGGCGAGGAGGACGCCGGCCGCUACACCUGCGUCGCCUCCAACCUCGCCGGGAACCACACCAAGGAUUUCCGCGUCCAAGUCCUGCGUCGGCCGCAGCUGGUCGAUGCGCCCGAGGAAGUGGUGGCAGUGGUGGGCGAGAUCGUGAACGUCGUGUGCGCCUUCGAAGCUUAUCCGCGACCCAAGAUCAGCUGGCAGUUCGAAGGCGCCCCUGUUGAUGGCGAGGACAGCGUGCUGCCCUCAGGAGUCCUUCAGAUAUCCCCCGUGGGCCCUGAGCAUGCGGGGAAUUACACCUGCUUCGCUAACAACGAGGCGGGCAGUGCCAACCACACCCUCACCCUCACUGUGCAAACCCCGCCGUGGGUCGAGGUGGGCCAGACGCGGAAGGUGGUGGUGAGCGGCGAGAGCGCGACCCUGGAGUGCAAAGCCGGAGGCGUACCCGCGCCCUCCAUCACCUGGCUCAAGGGACACCAGGUCGUGAAUCGAGGAGUUGAAUUUGAGCCGGACGAAUCAGGCUCUCUGUAUAUACCUUUCGUGACGCCCGACUUGGCUGACACUUACGUAUGUACUGCUCGGAGCUCUGCAGGAUCAGCACAUGCACACACGGAGCUGGUGGUGCAAGAGUCGCCUGUGGCCUUCGGCGCCGAGGACGAGGUCGUCGCCGCGGUAGGCCAGCAGGUCGUCCUCAGGUGCGAGGUGUCAGGGCAGCCCACCCCGGCCGUGACCUGGACGCGACCCAACCACGCCAACACGCCCGUCACGCCCGAAGACCCGCGUGUACAGUUGACAGACGACUCUCUCAUCAUCAUGCCUGUCGCCGUGGAGGACAUGGGUCUCUACCAGUGCACUGCCACCAACCCCGCCGGCCAAGACAACGCCUUAAUCACCCUCACUGUUCACUCUCCUCCGUCAGUAACCGAGCCCCUGUCGGAGUUCGUGAACGUGGUCCGCGGCGAACCCCUUAACUUAGGGUGCACAGGGGCCGGCUACCCUCCCCCCCGCACCACCUGGAUUAAGGAAGGACGCACCCUUACUGAGAACGCCGCCCUCACCCUGGCUACUACCGGCGACCUCGUUAUUUCCAACACUAAGGCCUCAGACUCCGGUUUAUACAUCUGCCUUGUGACCAACGCUGCAGGCCGGCUGUAUCGUGAAGUCACAGUGGUCGUGCAGGUUCCUCCUCGCUUCUCCGUCCUGCCACGUACCCAGCAAGUCACGCGCGGAGACAGGUUCGAGCUUGAUUGCGAGGCUGUUGGCACUCCUGUUCCGACCAUCAGGUGGCUCCUUAAUGGCACUCAGGUUGCGGGCGUGGGGCAGUCCCGAGGGGGGAGGGGGGUCCUCGUGGUGGAGAAAGCGGCCAAGACGGACGAGGGAACGUACACCUGCAUCGCUGAGAACGCAGCGGGUCACAGGAAGGCCGUCGCGGGCAUCAGGGUCAAAGUUCCGCCCGUGAUCAUGUACGCCCCCGAAGAGAUGACCGUCUUGGAACUCAACGCUGUGACCUUGACCUGUGUCGCUGAGGGUGACCCCGCCCCCGCCACCACCUGGACCAAGGAAGGUCAUUCUGUUCACUCGUCUGACCGGGUGCACCUCAUGGACAACGGGUCGCUGGUGAUCGACUCCUCGCAGGCUUCAGACGCGGGCGAGUACAAGUGCGUGGUGAGCAACGACGCGGGCGCAGCAGAGGCCACCGCCCAUCUCGUGGUCCACACCCCGCCCAUGCUCACGCGCCCGCCCGUCAGCAAGGUGGUGGAAGUGGGGGGCACCGUCGUGUUUGACUGCGAGGCGGAGGGAUCGCCGCUCCCGGAGAUUCAGUGGAGUGUGAGUCCCGGGGAGAUGCACGCCAGGUACAUCCGCCUCACAAACGGGUCCCUACAGCUUAUAGCGGCCCAGAUCGAGGACGAAGGUCACGUGAUCUGCCAGGCCUACAACGAACUAGGAGAGGACCUCGCCAAAGCUGACCUCAGCGUCAAAGUGUCGGGCAUGUGGGCCUCGUGGGGCCCUUGGACUUCGUGCAGCGUGUCUUGCGGGCCGGGCCAGCAGACGAGGCGCCGGCUGUGCAAUGCCCCUGCCCCACGACACGGAGGCGCCCCCUGCCCUGGAGACGAGGCCCACACCCGACCCUGCCGACCUCAGCCGUGCCCGCUUGAUGGCAACUGGUCGCCGUGGGAUCCUUGGGGCGAGUGCAGCGUGACGUGUGGUUCGGGCGUGAGAGUGAGGACGAGGUAUUGCUCAGCCCCCGCCCCCCUGUAUGGUGGUCGUCCCUGUGAUGGAAAUGCCGCCGAGGAGGAGCCCUGUUCCCUCAGGGACUGUCCAGUGUCCGGAGGGUGGGGCGAGUGGACGGCGUGGUCCGACUGCAGCGCCACCUGCGGCCAGGGCCUCCGUCAGCGAACGCGUCUUUGUGACUCGCCUCCUCCUGCAGCCGGGGGGGCGCACUGCCAGGGGGACGGCCUCGAGGUCACGCCCUGCUCCAACCCGCCCUGUCUGCUGGACGGCAACUGGGGAGCGUGGGCGGCGUGGAGUGUAUGCAGCGUCUCAUGCGGCGGGGGCGUGAGGCGGCGGGAGCGGGCGUGCGAUGACCCUCCCCCCUCCAACGGCGGCCGAUACUGCCCCGGAUCAAACACCCUCGAGGACUACUGCAACCUGGACAUGUGCCCCGUCAAUGGCGGCUGGUCGUCGUGGUCGUCGUGGGGGUCGUGCACGGCGACCUGCGGCGGCGGCCAGAGGAGGCGGUUCCGCACGUGCGACAACCCGGGUCCGUCGCAGGGCGGGCGCGCGUGCACGGGGCCCGACACCGACUCCGAGGCCUGCAACACGGCCAAGUGCCCCGUGAACGGCGCGUGGGGUUCCUGGAGCGAGUGGUCACCGUGCAGCAUGACCUGUGGCCUCGGAAUGCGGGUCAGGACACGGCUUUGCAACAACCCUCACCCUGGGUUCGGAGGCGCCCCGUGUGUAGGAGAGGAACGCGAGACCACCAGCUGCGAGGGCGACACGUGCGAGGUCCUGCCCACACUCGCCAAGGGGACGGUCAUAGGGGAGCUGAACGGGGAAGAUAGAUAG